AACAUUCCCAAUGAGCAAAUACAAAAGAAGCUGAAAAUAAGCUUUGAUGGUUUAAACGAUGAUGAAGAUAGGGAAAUAUUCCUUGAUAUAGCUUUUUUCUUUAUCGGAAUGGACAAAGACGAAGUAAUUGAUAUAUUGAAUGGCUGUGGAUAUUCUACUGAAAUUGGGAUCAGUGUUCUCAGGGAACCAUCUCUUGUAACAAUUGACUCUAAGAACAAACUUAGAAUGCAUUAUUUGUUGCGAGAUAUGGGAAGAGAAAUCAUUCGUGAGAAUCUACCUUUACCCGAAGAACGCAGUAGAUUAUGGAAUCCAGAAGAAGUUCUUGAUGUCUUAUCAAAAGACAUGGGAACAAAAGCUAUUCAGGGACUUGCUUUGAAGUUGUCAAGGAUGAAACCAAUUCAUUUGAAGACCAAUGCUUUUAGGAAGAUGAAGAGACUAAGAUUGCUUCAACUUGGUGGUGUACAACUCGAUGGAGACUUUAAAUACCUCUCAACCGAUCUUCGAUGGUUGUCCUGGCAUGGAUGUUCUUCAGAAUAUACAACUAUAGGUUUUGAUCAAGGAAACUUAGUUGCCAUUGACUUCAGAUAUAGCAAUCUCCAGCUAGUAUGGAAGAAGAGGCAGGUACGAUUAUUUAUGAUGUAA